AUGGAGCAGCCUUGGCCGGCUGCGUCAACUUCCAGCGUAGCUCGGAAGACCUUUGGUGAGAGUACGACUACGACGACUCUGCCAGAUGCAGCAUAUGUGGACACCAUUGAAGCUGCAUACCGACGUCGGCAAAAGGCUUGGGAAGCCGAGUUUUUGUUGGAUCCUAAGCAGCCAGCGUUGGGAUCUUGGCUCUUGGGACAGCGCGUCCAGCCAAGAUGCUUCGCCUUGGUUUGUAUAUGCUGCCGAGCCUUCGAAGGCAAGGACUUGCCAUCGGAGUCUGGUAAGGACUUCAGUACGCUUUGUGGUACUUGGGCCAGAGGUAGAGCAAUCAGCUCCGUGCAAGAUCUUCGCAAAUGGCUUGUUUCGAAGCAUGCCAAAAGUCCGGAGCACCAACGUGCAACUUUGAGUUUGUUGACACAUGGAGGAAAAGUGGAAGAUGAUGACUUGCAGAAUGCGCCAUCUGUUAGCACGAUCAUGAAAGUUUGGGGCCAGUUGCACAAGGGCGCCAGCUGCAGAGCUGUUGCUGCAGAACAAGGGAGCUUCGGCAGCAGACACAAAGUGGAGCGGCUGUGCCUUUGCCUUGCCAAGGCAUGUUUGGAGAGAGAGAGAGAGUCCUUGCGCAAAGUCCGGGUAAUGGCUCUCCACCAGGACGUGCGCAAGGGAGUCUUGCAGGUUCGAUACAGCGCGACGCUGGAAGAUUGGUCUGUGCAGACAGGCCUUCUAGGCCUGCACCUGCAGCCAGGCACCCUCUCGAAUGAACUCUCCAUUAGUUCACAUGAGGUGCUCAAACGUUUCUGCACCAUCGAUGGUCGGCUGGAUGACAGCCUCUUGCAGAAGAUCGCAGACUCCGUGGAACUCCUGGAUGCUGAUGGGGCAUCGGAUGAACAACGUUGCCUCCGACUGCUGGGGCAGGACUACUUGAAGAAUGUGAAAGUCUGCAUCAAGGAUCCAACGCACUGUGCGCGGCGUUUGAGUACGCACCCAUGGGCAGCAGACCCGGUGCUGUCGCAGGUCUACGGCAUGUACAUUUCAUCGCCGGACUCCAUGACCAAUUUGCUCCAGCAUUCUUUCGACUUGAAGGGUCUCUUCGCUGGAAACGUGGAUGAGCUGACUGGGGAUAUUGCUUUGAGCGAGCAAACACGGUCGGCGCUAGACGUUGUCGUCAGGAGACAGGGAUCAGUGCCAGCUGCUAAGGCGGAACAGUUCCUUCGGGAGGCGAGUGAGGAGACGCUUCUCCAACUGGCAUUGCUAGCAGAUGCAAGCCUUCAGUCUCUCGAGCUCGUCCGCUUUCUCGAUGCUGAGUCGUAUGAUCCGGCUUUGAUGUUUCAAGCUUUGAGCGACUUCUUGCACAAUAUCGAUGUGCUGUUCGUUCAUGAGGAAGUGCUUUCCUAUGGGCAUACAGAGAUCAUGAUAGAACACCUUCGCAAGGAGCGCGUGGCCCGUCUGCCUGACGGCAUCAAGGUGCUGGGCGGUGCAGGGAAGCUGACGGACAGGAUGAUCCGUUCAUGCUUGGACCGCAUGUGUGGAUGGGUUACCCUCGCCACGAAACGUCUUCAGGCGGAGUUUCCUCAAUAUCAGACAGUGCAGGCCUUCCAUGUUUUCGACCUAAGUUGCAAUGUGCGCAAGUGCGAGGAGCAGACCGAUCGGCAUGAAGUGCGCAGAGCAGAAUUGCAAAGAUUGGCCCAGGUGUUUCGUGUUGAUGCGGACGAGUUCAAGAAACAAUUCCAACUCUGCUUCUACAACGCACAGAACUUUCUCAAGUCAGGGCAGGCAAAUUCCAACUUGGAGGCCUGGGUUAUGACCCGCAAGAAGUUCGCCAACCGGGGCUUGCGCCAUCAGUGCCAUCAUGACCUGGCGGCCCUGGAUGUCGUCUUGGCUCGAUACUGUGCCUUCCAUGGUGCCUCCACUUCGCAGGUGGAGCAGCACUUCAGCAUCUUUGAGCGCUUGGUCUGUAAGGAGCGCUCCCACAUGAUUCUGGAGAUGCAAGAGGGCACACUUCGCUUGGGUCUCAAGGGCCCGGAGGAAGCGGUGGCCCAAGACGCGGCGAGAAUGUGGAUGUCAACCUAUGGCAAGCCCAGGCUUUGCAAAGGACCUCGGCUUCAGACACGACUGCCACAGAAGCAGAAAGGCAGUGAAGCUGAAUGGCGGCACAAAUGCAAGACACAGUCCAAGCAUUUGGGACAGCUUAAGAAGCGCAGAAGCAAAGAUGAGAUUGUGCAGGCAGCAUCUGCUGCUGCUUCACGACAAUGGACUGAGCGGCACGAUCGAGAGCUGAAGACGCUGGACCAGCUCGCUCGGGACAACAAGGUCAAGGCAUUGGUUGCCAAUGAGCUUCUACCCGAGGAGAUCACGACUGACCAGAAUCUUCUUCAGGAUUGCGAGCAGAGGUUGAAACUUCUGAGAGAGACGGAGAAGGGCCACAAGAACAAAUGGCGAAAAAUCAAUGAGAAUGUGGAGCGGCAGCAACAUACAUUGGCGGACUCCCGGUUCUUUGUGGAUAUUCCUGCGGAUUGCCAGCAAGCAUGUUUCCAAGACGUGCUGCGCGUGUUCUGCCAGAAGAAGAUUGAGGUGGUAGGGCGGCCAGCUGCAGGCUACUAUUUGCUCCCGAGCAUGGCGAUGGAGGCUUCAGCUUCUUGGAUCUACGCAGUGUGUGCGGGCCGCUGCGUUUGCAACUGUGAGUUUGCGGCCUCUGAAGGCACCAAGGGUGUUGUGUUGGCAUACACAAACGCCACCAAGUCUCGACGAAGGAUUUGUCUGACUAGUGAGUUUCAGAGAGUCCAUUCGGAACAAGCAAGAGCCCUGGAAGAUGUGGCAGGCUCACCAACUUCGCACUGGAAGCUGAUUUCUGAGCUUCAGUUCUUGGAGGCGGUCAGCGAGAAGAAGAAGUCGGAAUCGGCAUUCUUUCACAUGGCCAUUGUCACAGACAGCAUGAAGCAGAAUGAUGCUGUAUACAAGAACCGACCCAAUGCUUUCACCAUGUUCAGUUUCCUGCAGUUUUUUGCAAAGGCAGAUGUCCCGCGUUGCAGAGAAGGUGUUUGUGGGAGGUGA